GCCCCCGCCUUCAGCGGCACCGCCGUGGUGGACGGCGAGUUCAAGUCCAUCUCCCUGGCGGACUACAAGGGCAAGUAUGUGGUGCUCUUCUUCUACCCCCUGGACUGGACCUUUGUGUGCCCCACAGAGAUCAUCGCCUUCUCAGAUCGCAUCCAGGAGUUCCGCGACAUCGGGGUGGAGGUGGUGGGCGCCAGCGUGGACAGCGUGUUCUCCCACCUGGCCUGGAUCCAGACGCCCCGCAACAAGGGCGGCCUGGGCGGCCUGGGCUACCCGCUGCUGGCAGACCUGACCAAGUCCAUCUCCAAGGACUACGAGGUUCUGAUUGAGGAGGGCGAGAACGCAGGCGUGGCGCUGCGCGGCCUCUUCAUCAUCGGCCCCGACGGCCGCCUGCGCCAGAAGACCGUCAACGACCUGCCCGUGGGCCGCAGCGUGGACGAGACCCUGCGCCUGCUCAAGGCCUUCAAGUUCACGGAUGAGCACGGCGAGGUGUGCCCCGCCAACUGGCAGGAGGGCGCCGCCACCAUCAAGCCCAACCCCAAGGAAAGCCAGGAAUACUUCUCCAAGCAGUAG